GCAGGGCCAGCAGCGGCGGGAGGACACCCGGCUCUGGCCGGCGGCUCCGUGCGGCAGCGGAACCCCGACGCCGCCGUCUCAGCCAUGUCCUCCAGCUCUCCCCCGGGCAAGCACAAGAGCCGGAGCCUGGGUCGGCUUUCGCUGCCCAGGAAGGGCAGUAUGACGCCCAGCAAGAAGCCCUCCUCUCUGGAGCUGGCCGAGAGCGUCCCCAACGCCCACUACACCCCGCUUCCCGAAGCGCAGGGCGGGCAGCCGACGGCCAGCAGCGGUCCCGGAGCGUCGAGGGAGCGGCCGCCGCACGCGAAGAGCGAGGUGGUGGUGGUGGGAGCGGAAAGCACGCGGCCCCCGGUUAGCCUGGACCCCCGAGUCUCCAUCUACAGCCUCCGCAAGCCGCUGCUGAGCCGCAGCAACAUCCAGGGCCGGGUGUACAACUUCUUGGAGCGACCGACGGGUUGGAAGUGCUUCGUGUACCACUUCACCGUCUUCCUUAUUGUGCUGAUAUGCCUUAUCUUCAGUGUGCUUUCUACAAUUGAACAGUACGCAGCUCUUGCUACAGGGACGCUGUUUUGGAUGGAAAUUGUAUUAGUGGUAUUCUUUGGAACAGAAUAUGUGGUUCGGUUAUGGUCAGCAGGAUGUCGCAGUAAAUAUGUUGGUAUAUGGGGAAGACUUCGUUUUGCUAGGAAACCUAUUUCAAUCAUUGAUUUAAUUGUAGUUGUCGCUUCCAUGAUAGUUCUGUGUGUGGGCUCUAAAGGUCAAGUCUUUGCAACCUCAGCUAUCAGGGGCAUUCGUUUCCUGCAGAUUUUGCGGAUGCUGCAUGUUGACCGUCAGGGUGGCACGUGGAGGCUGUUGGGAUCAGUUGUCUUCAUACACAGACAAGAACUGAUAACUACGCUCUACAUUGGAUUUCUGGGCCUGAUUUUUUCCUCUUAUUUUGUGUACCUGGCUGAAAAAGAUGCUGUAAAUGAUUCUGGAGAAACAGAGUUUGGCAGUUAUGCAGAUGCCCUGUGGUGGGGAGUAGUGACAGUUACAACUAUUGGCUAUGGGGAUAAAGUGCCUCAGACUUGGAUUGGAAAGACCAUUGCUUCUUGUUUUUCAGUGUUUGCAAUAUCAUUUUUUGCACUACCUGCGGGAAUCCUUGGUUCAGGCUUUGCCCUGAAGGUACAGCAGAAACAAAGACAGAAGCAUUUCAACCGUCAAAUUCCAGCUGCUGCCUCUCUCAUACAGACUGCCUGGAGAUGCUAUGCAGCAGAAAACCCAGACUCUUCUACGUGGAAAAUAUAUAUUCGAAGACCUGCCAGAAAUUAUCAUUUGCUGUCACCCAGUCCAAAACCAAAGAAAUCAGUGAUGGUUAAAAAGAAGAAAUUUAAGCUAGACAAGGACAACGGACCUUCUUCUCCAGAUAAGAUGUUAACUGUUCCACACAUCACUUAUGACCAUGUGACGGAUGAUAAGAAACCUGAUUUCUGUUUUGAUACAUAUGAAAAUUCUGUGAAAAAAAGCCCGACGUUUUUAGAUGUGAACACAGGACCCUUCAUCAGGACCAGCAGUUUUGCCGAUGAGCUUGACCUGGAGGGUGAAACGCUGUUAACCCCAAUAACUCACAUCUCACAGCUGCGAGAACAUCACCGUGCUGCAAUUAAAGUGAUUCGAAGAAUGCAGUAUUUUGUGGCAAAGAAAAAGUUUCAGCAAGCUAGGAAGCCAUACGAUGUCCGAGAUGUUAUUGAGCAGUAUUCCCAGGGUCAUCUCAACCUGAUGGUGCGAAUCAAGGAGUUACAGAGGAGGUUGGAUCAAUCCAUAGGGAAGCCAUCUCUUUUUAUCUCUGUCUCAGAAAAAAGCAAAGAUCGAGGGAAUAACACAAUUGGUGCCAGGCUGAACAGAGUGGAGGACAAGGUUACACAGAUGGACCAGAAACUGAACCUCAUUACUGAGAUGCUGCAUCGUCUGGUUUCAUCUCAUCAGGGAGAUCAAGGGAACAACAGGUCAUCUCAGAGAGAGAACAGAGUUAAUUCAGAUCUCUUCCUCCCAAAUAACACCCUGCCAACCUACGAGCAACUGACCGUGCCAGGAAGAAGUGAAGACGAUAUAUCCUGAUGUGGUAAAAGUCUGGGUUGGGUCUUUCCCACCUUUCUCCUUUAAAUGGAACUGAAUGUUGAGAACUUGGAAGGAAAUUCAUUUCAUCAGCCAUCCAAGAAAACACAUGACUGCAAUAUCUAUGCUACUAGUCUCAAACGCGCUCUUCUAAAACCACUCGUAAUAGGCCAAGGGUUGCCAAGCUGUGUUCUACCAGGCAAAACCUACUGAAGCUCCACACUGAUUCUAUCGAUGAACAAAAAUUAUAGUAACCCAUUAUUGCUCACAAAGACUGAAACAAUAUAAAGACAGGCAAAAUUGCAAAGAUUUAGAGCUCCUUUAAUAAUAAUGACAGUAAUAAUAAUAUUCUAAUAAUACUUGAACUUAGAUGGGAAAUCUGCAUUUUGUUUCUGAACCUGCAGAUAGCAAUAUAUUUCUACUAGUAAGGUUUUUAAAACAAAAUAGGAUAACUUAUGUUGUUUUUAUUGUAUAAAUAUACCGCUAAUGUUCUUGCAAAUGACAAACCACAUGCUGAAUGAUUUUCUUUUGCUGUUUUAUUUUAACAUUGCUACGUAAACAUUAUCAGAUAAUAACCAGAUUUUUUUAAUCUGUUUUUCUUCAGGGAGGCACUAAUACUUAAUCUGGAACAGUACUAUUUAUAGUGGAAAGUGCUAUAGAUUUUUUAAAGAUACCAAUUUUUAACAGGGAGGCAAUAAAGUAUUAUAUAGAAAAAUGAUUCUGCUUUCUAGAAAAUUGUUGCCAAAGAACUUAUACAUAAAUAGAAAAUGCAGUGGUCUGAAUGUACUUGUCCUGAAAUAGCUUCUUAAAAAGAAGGCCUACUACUUCUUCAAUCUACCUUUUUUUUUUUCCCCCCUUAGCUUAUGCUAUCCAAGUAUAGUAUAACAGUCCAAUGUGACUGGACUUGCAGGUCAAGUGCUUGAGCUGGCCACUUACUGAGCAUCCAUAAUUUUCACAGGAAUCAUGGCCCCGGUUCAGGAAAGCAUCUCUCAUCCAGACAGCAUAUAUGACAAAUCUAAUAGUUUCCUGAAUAAUCAAAUAAGAAAUUCUGCUCCCUACCAAAGUCAUUAAUCUAUUCAGAAGUGCCAGCUCCAACCUAAAGGACGCAGGGCCUAACCUGCAAGCCACCUCACCCCAUGUUAUAGUUGCAAUAAGAACAGCAGUGUUUGUCUUGGUGUGAUUUUUCACAUGCACAAUGUGAGCAGGAUUGAAGCUUUGCUUAAUGAAGUUGAAAUUCAACCCUUGCAGUUAGUUAACACUUCUACCAUAUGCACCCUUCCUUGAACGUGGAACGUCCUUAAAGUUGACAGUGUUGGAAAAUAGAGGAUUACAACAUAGCUAAUUAAUGCAAUGUAUAUAAAAAUGAAAUAUUUCAGUGUUUGAAAGCAAGGAGAUGAAUAUAUACAUAUAUAUGUGUCAAAAUUGAUGCCCUAAAGCCUCAUAAUUUUGCUCAGCAUUACCAAUCUUUUGGGUGUAUGAGCAGUCUGAAAUACUGAUGCACUAUGAACUGAGAUGGCAUGGAACCAACUCAUAGUAUUGCUUAUUUGCUGGGCCUUGUUUUAAACAUGAAACAUUUCACAUCUUUCACUUGGGCUGCAGAGGAAAGUAUACUGUAUUUAUAUUAUAAUUGUCUUGCUGCUGUACAACAGAUACAUGUUAUGGGUGUAGAAAUGUAUGGACAUAAACAGGAAUUGUACCUGGGCAUUACAUUUUAUAGAAAUCAAAAUUAUUGUGAUGAUUUUGAAUAUUUUUAAAUGAGAUUCACUGUGUAAUUUCAGAUUAUUGAUCAAUCUCUAAUUUCCUAAUAAAAUACAGGACAAGAUUA